UGCAGGUUGUGUAGAGGGCCAGGCUAAAGGGAACCCUAAGUUUAGCUUCAGGUUUUCAGUGGAGGCCAGACGGACUCAGACGGCCACCCUUCCUGGGUAAACUGUAGAUACUGUAGCCCCUCAGCUGUCAGGGAAAGCAGGCUUCAGCCAUGUGCUCGGACCCUGAGCAGGGAACCACCAAAGACCAAGGAGACCUGCCAUCUUGAGGUCAUCAUGCUACACAAUCUCUUGCCUUUUAGACUGGCGCCAUGAUUUAGUUAUAGUCAAGGUAGGUCUGUACUGAAGAAAAGUCCACAUUUUCCACUCCUGACUGAAAGUGAAUUUGGUACCACCAGAAUGUGGUUCCACCAGAAUUGAGUCUCUCUGUUCUAUAGAAUGCUGGAGAGAUCCUGUGUAGCGCCCCCUUGUGUGGAGGAGGAAUGACGACGCCCCCUCGAUGAGAGCCAUGGAGCUGAAAGUGUGGGUGGACGGAGUGCAGCGGAUCGUGUGUGGCGUCACAGAGCUCACCACAUGCCAGGAGGUGGUCAUCGCCCUGGCCCAGGCCAUUGGGCGUACUGGCAGGUACACGUUGAUCGAGAGAUGGCGGGAGACAGAGCGCCACUUGGCCCCGCAUGAGAACCCUGUGGUGUCCCUCAACAAGUGGGGCCAGUAUGCCAGCGACGUGCAGCUGGUCCUCCAGCGCACCGGCCCCUCCCUCAGCGAACGUCCCAACUCCGACGGCUCAUCCCGCAUCCCUGAGCGCGGCCUCUAUCGCCAGAGCCUGCCUCCUCUGGCCAAGCUACACCCGGCGGCCAACGACCACUCGCUCAAGCGCCGGGAGCCCAAGCGUAAGUCCCUCACCUUCACAGCUGGGGCCAAGGGCCUGAGGGAUAUUUUUGGGAAGGGCAGAGAUGCCGAGGCCAAGCAGCAGCAGAGAGUGCUGAACCAGGGCAGGGGCGUGGUGUCUGUGCCCCCCAGUCCAGCCCGGGAGCUGGCGCGCCUGGUCCAGCUGCAGAAGGACAAGCUCCAGCUGCUGGAGAGCCGGCUGCAGGGCUGCGAGGCGGAGCUACAUGGCUGGGAGAGAGGUGGUGGUGAUGGUGGUGUGUGCGUCGAGGGUGUCAGCGUGCUGGAGGAGGAGCUGGUGCAUCUGGAGCAGCAGCUGCGGAGGAACGAGGUAGAGAUGUCGGAGGAGGAGUUCUGGCAGAACGAGCUGCAGAUCGAGCAGGAGAGCGAGCGGCAGCUGAGGGAGCAGCUCCAGGAGCUGAUGGGACGGGUGCGGGAGUGCGAGGCCCGGCUGGGGGAAUACCUGACCCGUAUCCAGGGCAUGGAGGCAGGCCUGGAGCAGGAGACUGAGAUGAGCAGGCAGGUGGACGAGGAGGAGGCCCGGGCCCAGCUGGGGAAGGUCAGGGCGGAGCUGGAGCAACAGGUUCAACACAGAGUGCAGCUGGAGAGCAGCUGCAGGGCUGUGGACCGCUCACUGGGACAGUCCAGCAAGAAACUACAGGAGAAGGAGCAGGAGUUGGAGCAAUUGACCAGGGAGCUGAGACAGGUGAACCUUCAGCAGUUCAUCCAUCAGACUGGCACCAAGGUCACUGUUCUACCAGCCCAGCCCAAUGACCAGGAUAAUAACACAGGCUCGCUGAAACGGCUGGGCUCCUCCCGCCUCCUCCCCAGUGACCUCCGGGCUCUGCAGAGUCCAGUGUCUUCAGGCCUCAACCCUGAGGGCAUCUACGUCUGACCCCUGACCUUUACCUUCUGCUGGCUACCAUCAGUGACCCUCUGCUGGAAUUGAGUUGGCUUCUCCCCUGGAGGAUCCAUCUCUUAUCAUCUCCAUUGGAGCUCCUCCAGAGGAGGCUGGUGGGAGGAGCUACAGGAGGACGGGCUCAAUGUAAUGGCUGGAAUGGAAUCAAUGGAAUGGUACCAAACACAUGGAAACAACCAUUACAAUAAGCGCUUCCUCCUGCAGCUCACCCCACUAGCCUCCUCUGAUCUCCACCCUGUACUCCCACAAUGCCAUCCUUCCCAUUCCUCCUCUAUGAGAUCCCUCUCUCUCCCAUGAGAACACACAGAGACCCCCAACAGUUUUGUCAAGACUAUAGGAUUUAGAACGUUUGCCUCCUUUGGGCUGUUCUCAAACAGUCAUGCAUCUUUGAGGUACAGAAGACCCAAUUUCAAACAAAGUUUUAGCCUCACCUCUGUGCACUUCUCUAUUUCCUCUCGAAGAUCUACAAGGACUGAGUAGAUGUGAGAAAUAUGGUAUUAACACCACCUAGCACCCUGUUACCAUCAUAUAGCAAGCUAAUGGAAUAGUAAAGUGCACAAUCACAGUCAUGUGAUGACACUUAACUAAAUAGUCAACUGCUGCCCCUGGCCCUGGACAACCAUGGGGAAAUCCAGAUGUUUGUAGGGGUUGAGACUGAAGAAGGUCCUUUUGAGAUCAGGCCAUAGAGAGGAGAUUCAAAUAUCUUCAGACAACCAUGACAAAGAUAGAGGUCUCAAAAGUCUAAUAUCCAUGUGUUACAGAAACGGAAUGGGUCAGAAAACCAUAUUUUACACAGAUAGGCCACCUUGUGUGAGACCUGUGGUGUGUAUUAUAGCCAUAUCUGACUGCCUUAUAAGUAUUUUUCUGUUUUAAAGACUUUAAGAACAGUAAAGGCUAUUACAACAGAUACUUAUAGACAUGGCAGCUAUGCUCCAGAGAUCCAAUGCACCAUUGUCAAAGUGUGCGUCACUAUUUUCAUUGAUUUAUGGUCAACACAGCAAUCUAGUGACUGAUUGUUGAUCAGUUUUGUUGAAGAUUUUUUGUGACUGAUAGCUGUAGAAUCUGGUCUGCCACUGGGUGGCAGAAUACAUCUCACAAAACAUUUAGCUAGGAUCUUAAUAUUGGUCAUUUCAUAUCGAUUAUACAUGCAAAAAUGUUACAUUAUGCAAUUUAUGUGGUUACUCACUUUCAUCAUUGAAAUAUUUUAGUGUGCUGUAAGUUUUCCGUUGCACUUUUACUUUGGAAGAGCCUGUAGAAUUUGUACUUACCAUGUUCUGUUUUAAUAGAUAAUGUCUUUGUGUUGAGUGGUUUUCUUUUUUCAUUUGUAACCUCUUGAAGAAUUGCGGGUUUGUCUAUUGUCUUACAUGGCUAAUCAUUUUUAUGAAGUUAAAAAGAUGUCUCACAUGAACCAAAGCAAAUUAGACAAUGUGAUUGGUAGCAGUCAACCUGAAUGUACUUAAUUUGUUCAAACAGAACGUGCCUGUAAAUACCUUUACAGGGGCCACUGUAUCUGCCUCCACUUUAAAAGUGAUGCAUUUGUAAUGGAGAGAAUUGUUAUUGGACUGUGAAUGUAUCUGUCAAUAGAUCGAACUCCACUCUGUGUCUGUGUGGCUCCUCAGCCUCGUGGAGAGAGGACUGUGUGAGAUGUGGUUUUUGUUUGGUUGUGGACUAGUAGAUACCAAGGAACCUACCAACAAUAGCCUGUGGACAUACAUCAAGGUCAACAGACUGACCUAAAGCUUGUUCCAUUCAGUAUUACUGAUGUCCUAGUUUGGAUCAUGAAGGAGGGUUGAGCUGUGUCGCCGAACUGUAACCAAACUGUAACCCACUAACACAAGAACAGUGGCUGUUAACGACGUACACUAUUAGCAUGCCUUACUGAAUUGUAAAUAAUCACUAUAUAGUAUUAUGGAAUAUUUUGUACUAUAUUUAAAAUAAUGCAUAAUGCUGACAGAGACAAUAGUUGUACCUAAUAUGAAUUAACUUUUGUUUUAUCCUGCUAGUCUAUGGACAGCUUGGUGCAUGCACUAAUGGCUUGGUUUCAUUUACGUUUUUUAUUGUUUAAAUUACCAGAGGCUUACGAUGAUAGUGGAGUUAUAGAUACGUAUGGAAGUAUAACGUGUAUUCCAUAGUUAUCACAGUGUAUGUUACUGACUGCAUGGCUAUAUCUGUCUUCUACGUUGACAUGUCUUGGUCCCAGACCAGUGCAUUCACUCAAAUAUGAUGUCAUAAUAGGUCAGAGGUCACCACAAUGCAAACUGUAAACAAAUAGGGGUUUUAAACCCUAAAAAGUGCCCCAUCUUUUGGUGGUUAUUAGACACAACCUACCAAUACAGGCCCAAAGAUGCAGGGUAAUUCCACCUCAAAAUGGACAAGAAAGAGGGUUGACACCCACCAUCUCAGAUUUUUCUGAAAUCGUUUCUGUAGUUAGUAACAGAUACAAUUAGUAUUCCUGAAACAUUAUUUUGUUGAAAUAGAAUUUGAUCUGAGAAAUUAAGGAAAUUGAUUGUGCCCAAAUUGGCCAAUUUAAUUUAUAGGAUUCAGAUAAUAUUCAAUAAUAUCAUAGUACCCAAAAUCUGGACCAAACUUCUUCCUACCAAUGAGUAAGACAUAAGGAAUAUUCUUGGUCCAAAUCGGAUGUUGGGUACUUUGUGUAUUGAAUUAUCUGAAUCCUAUAAAUUAAAAACGGCUAAUGUGUGUGCAAUCAAUUAGCUUAAUUUCGGAGAGAUAAAAUUACAUUUCAACAAAAUAAUGUUUCAGGAAUGCCAAUCUUACCUCUUUCUAACAAACAAUUUCUGAUAAAUCUGAGAUGGUGGCUGUCAUGGAUUGCUGAAAUGACAUGGAAUGACUCUGCACUGAAAUCUCUUGGGGUAAAAAUUAAUCUAAUCCACUCUAUGCAUUACAUUUCUAUUAGGACUGUUCUUAAAUGUUGCACCAACUGAGUAUGGUGUUCUUAUAAGUAUUUUAAGAGCCAGUCUUUGUAAACAUGAUGUCUGAAAUCAACUGCCGGUUUUCCAGGCACAGAUUAAGGGCUGGAUUCAAUCUGUAGCGCUGAAGUUCAGCGUUCUAGAGCGAUUGAAAUGUUUGUUAUUUCUGAUUGAGCUACAUAUGCAACGUUUACCGUGAAUGCGGUCUCCACGAAUGCAGGAACAUUGCCUUUACACUUCUCUCGUGCAGCCAAAGACAG